CCCCCACCCCCCCCCCCCCCCACCCCCCCCCCCCCCCACCCCCCCCCCCCCCCACCCCCCCCCCCCCCCACCCCCCCCCCCCCCCACCCCCCCCCCCCCCCACCCCCCCCCCCCCCCACCCCCCCCCCCCCCCACCCCCCCCCCCCCCCACCCCCCCCCCCCCCCACCCCCCCCCCCCCCCACCCCCCCCCCCCCCCACCCCCCCCCCCCCCCACCCCCCCCCCCCCCCACCCCCCCCCCCCCCCACCCCCCCCCCCCCCCACCCCCCCCCCCCCCCACCCCCCCCCCCCCCCACCCCCCCCCCCCCCCACCCCCCCCCCCCCCCACCCCCCCCCCCCCCCACCCCCCCCCCCCCCCACCCCCCCCCCCCCCCACCCCCCCCCCCCCCCACCCCCCCCCCCCCCCACCCCCCCCCCCCCCCACCCCCCCCCCCCCCCACCCCCCCCCCCCCCCACCCCCCCCCCCCCCCACCCCCCCCCCCCCCCACCCCCCCCCCCCCCCACCCCCCCCCCCCCCCACCCCCCCCCCCCCCCACCCCCCCCCCCCCCCACCCCCCCCCCCCCCCACCCCCCCCCCCCCCCACCCCCCCCCCCCCCCACCCCCCCCCCCCCCCACCCCCCCCCCCCCCCACCCCCCCCCCCCCCCACCCCCCCCCCCCCCCACCCCCCCCCCCCCCCACCCCCCCCCCCCCCCACCCCCCCCCCCCCCCACCCCCCCCCCCCCCCACCCCCCCCCCCCCCCACCCCCCCCCCCCCCCACCCCCCCCCCCCCCCACCCCCCCCCCCCCCCACCCCCCCCCCCCCCCACCCCCCCCCCCCCCCACCCCCCCCCCCCCCCACCCCCCCCCCCCCCCACCCCCCCCCCCCCCCACCCCCCCCCCCCCCCACCCCCCCCCCCCCCCACCCCCCCCCCCCCCCACCCCCCCCCCCCCCCACCCCCCCCCCCCCCCACCCCCCCCCCCCCCCACCCCCCCCCCCCCCCACCCCCCCCCCCCCCCACCCCCCCCCCCCCCCACCCCCCCCCCCCCCCACCCCCCCCCCCCCCCACCCCCCCCCCCCCCCACCCCCCCCCCCCCCCACCCCCCCCCCCCCCCACCCCCCCCCCCCCCCAGCUGGGGGUCAAGGCAAGACAUCUUAG